AUGGCUGAAUCGAGUGCCGUAGCCACUGCAGGUUCGAGCGGGUCUUCGGAAGAGAAGAGAUUUGAAAUUAAGAAAUGGAAUGCUGUGUCCCUGUGGGCAUGGGAUAUCGUUGUUGACAAUUGUGCGAUAUGUCGUAAUCACAUCAUGGAUUUGUGUAUCGAGUGUCAGGCGAAUCAGGGCUCUCACAGUAGUGAGGACUGCACGGUUGCGUGGGGUGUCUGUAACCACGCUUUCCAUUUCCACUGCAUUUCCAGGUGGCUGAAGACUAGGCAGGUUUGCCCUUUGGAUAAUGGUGAAUGGGAGUUCCAGAAGUACGGCCGAUAA